CAACAACAACAAGAGAUACAACAGAUCCACUCCUAGUUUUGCUUCAUUAAUCAUAACUACUAAAAAUCCAAAAACCUUCUUCUCCAACACUAGCAGUUUUUACACUAGUACUACACUACCAACUGCUCUACAGAAUAAGAACAAUUAUCGUCUUACAUGUAGAUGCAGCAAGGCUUCUUCUCCUUUAGAGUUGGAUCUGUAUGAUCUUCUAGGUGUUGAUAGCUCUUCUUCUCAAUCCCAGAUCAAGUUGGCUUACAGGGCUCUUCAGAAGCGCUGCCACCCGGACAUUGCUGGCCCUGCUGGUCAUGACAUGGCUAUCAUUCUCAAUGAUGCCUACUCUCUUCUCUCUGAUCCUAAUUCUCGUUUUGCUUAUGAUAAGGAACAAGCAAAGUUUUCAGAAUUAAGAGGGUAUACUGGGAAACCUAUAUAUUCAGUAUGGUUUGGAGCAGAAAAGGAAGAAAGGGCUGUGUUUGUGGAUGAAGUAAAGUGUGUUGGUUGCUUAAAAUGUGCCUUGCUUGCUGAGAAGACAUUUGCUGUUGAAUCAGUUUAUGGGAGAGCUCGGGUUGUUGCUCAAUGGGCCGAUCCUGAAAACAAAAUCCAUGAGGCCAUUGACGCAUGUCCAGUCGACUGCAUCUCGGUUGUGGAGAGGUCCAACCUAGCUGCCUUAGAAUUCCUAAUGUCCAAGCAGCCACGAGGCAAUGUUAGAAUUGGUGCAAGCAAUGCAGUGGGUACACGCGUCUCAAAUAUCUUCGUUGAUGUGGAGAAAUUCCAAGCCAGGUUUCAGGAUGCUAAGAAUAAAGCUUCUUCUACUGAUCAAUCCACAGAAUCAGAUGCCCAAAGAGAAGCAAGAAGCUCAGCUAUUCAAGCAAUCAGAUCAAUCUCAAAUUGGUUGUACUGGCAUUCACCAAGUGCUGGAGGAGGAGGAGGAUCAAGUACUACUGGCAAAAAUUUGAUACCCAGUGGCAAGAAAUCCACUGAACCAAAUAUCAAGAAGCUCCAAGAAGCUGCCGCGGCCAGAAAACAUGCAAGAGAGAAUGGAAAACCGAUUAGUCAAAUCCCAUCAAGUUACAUAUAUAACGAUGAGUAUUGGAUUCCAUCAACUCUGAAAUUGCCUGAGGCAACUACCCACCAGAAUAUCUCUGGCUCUGGAAUUGCUUCGGAGUCUUCUCGUACCACCAAGGAUGUCUACAAAACAAAUAAUCAAGAUUUUACAGUAAGGAAAGACAUGAAGAGAAACCCUUUUGUGUGGGGUAUUCCAAUGGCAAUAGCAACAGUUGCAGCAGCAAUAGUUCGUUUACAAAUACAGGAAGGGUCGAGUGGUAGAUUGGAAGAGCAUAUAGGGGGCUCAUCGGCAUUGCAUAUUGUCAAUAGCUCCUGGUUGCAGGUUGUUUUAGCUGGGAUUACAUGGUAUCUCAUUGGUACAUAUACGGUAGAACUAGUAGAGGCCUUUCGAAGUAAGAUGGGGAUGUAUAAAAAAUAAUAAGGAAGAUAAUACUUGAGCAUAUAUGAUUAUAGCAUAGACAUUCAAUUUCUAUAAAUGUAUAUAUUCUUCAACAAUACUUACUGAAGAAUUGAGAUGAAAUGACACUCUAGAAUUUGAAAGCAUAUGACACAGCCACCCAAUAAUAGAAAUUCAGAUGUUGGUCGAUGAUUUUAUUCU